GUUCAGCAUGGCGGUGUUUGCCGAUUUGGAUCUGCGAGCGGGUACAGACCUGAAGACCCUUCGCGGGCUGGUGGAGAACGCCGCUCACCUUGGCUAUUCUGUCGUUGCCAUCAAUCAUGUUGUUGACUUUAAGGAAAAGAAACAGGAAAUUGAAAAGCCGGUAGCUGUUUCAGAACUCUUCACAACUUUGCCAGUUGUACAGGGAAAAUCAAGACCAAUUAAAAUUCUAACUAGACUGACGAUUAUCAUUUCGGAUCCCUCUCACUGCAAUGUUUUGAGAGCAACUUCUUCCCGAGUCCGCACGUAUGAUAUUGUAGCGGUUUUCCCAAAGACAGAAAAACUUUUUCAUGCUGCUUGCACACAUUUGGAUGUGGAUUUAGUCUGCAUAACUGUAAAAGAGAAGCUACCAUUUUACUUCAAAAGACCCCCUGUUAAUGUGGCGAUUAGCCGAGGCAUAGGUUUUGAACUUGUCUACAGCCCUGCCAUCAAAGACUCCACAAUGAGAAGGUACACCAUUUCCAAUGCCCUCAAUUUGAUGCAGAUCUGCAAAGGAAAGAAUGUCAUUAUCUCUAGUGCUGCAGAAGGGCCUUUAGAAAUAAGAGGACCAUAUGACGUGGCAAACUUAGGGUUGCUGUUUGGGCUGUCUGAGAGCAACGCCAAGGCUGCUGUGUCCACCAACUGCAGAUCAGUGCUUCUCCAUGGAGAAACAAGGAAAACUGCUUUUGGAAUUGUUUCCACAGUGAAGAAACCUCGGACAUCAGAAGGAGAUGAUGAUUCUCUCCCAGCCUGCAAGAAAGCCAAGUGUGAGAGCUGA